AAAAAAAACACUUGAGCGGAAAAGCGUCUGUCACAGCAACAAUCAAGCUAUCUUACCCAAUUAACAAUGAAAAGCGUCGGAGGGAGACUGCUCGAACCCAUUAAGGGCAUGUGCUGAGAGGCGGGGUGCCAUGCAGAGGAGACAUAGCAGCAACACGGAUGGCAUGCCCUCAGAAAGGAGCCGUAGCCAAACUCUGGGAUCGGAGAGCAGCCUGGAUGAGGGUGGCGCCUUCGACUGCCUGAAGCCCGACUCGCCCACGUCCCCCCAGCAGAUCUUCUCCGGCUUGGUGGGGGUCCCCUGCGGCGGCGUCUCCUCCGCCCAGUUCCAGGCGGCGACUUUAGUCCUGGGUUCUCCCCCGGAGGUUUUCAUCCAGAUGACGGCGUCGUCACGGGAAGAAGGUGGCGGCGGUGGCGGCCGCCGCCCCGAGGUGGCCCCGUUCCUCCCUCGCCCGCCCCAUCACCACCACCACCAUUUCCACCACCCGCCCCUGCAACACAGGACCCCCUCGCUGCUCCAGCAGGCCACCGCGGCGGCCGGCUCGGAGAGGCACGGCUCCAGGGAGGAGGGCGGCCAGGAGGACCCGUCCACGCCGGCGCCGGCCUUGUCGGAGCUGAAGGCGGUGGUCACCUGGCUGCAGAGGGGCUUCCCUUUCAUCCUCAUCCUCCUGGCCAAAGUCUGCUUUCAACAUAAGCUCGGUAUCGCCGUGUGUGUGGGGAUGGCCAGCACCUUCGCCUACGCCAACUCCACUUUCAAGCACCAAGUGUCACUAAGGGAUGAGCGCUCCAUGAUGGUUGCCGUGUGGAUGAUGUUGUUCCUCUGUGGCAACAUGGCCUACGUUUACUACGCCUUCAGCCAGGAGGAGCUCUACAAAAGCCUCUUCUUUUCAAAGCCCAACCUCAGCAACUUUGACUUCUUUGACCUGGUCUGGGCGGUGGGCAUCACCGACUUUGUCCUUAAGUUCGCCACCAUCGCCCUCAAAUGCUUUGUCCUUUUUCUGCCCAAGAUCCUCCUGGCCUUCAAAUCCAGGGGCAAGUUCUACCUGCUGAUGGAGGAGCUGAGUCAGCUGUUUCGGGCGCUGGUGCCAGUCCAGCUGUGGUACAAGUACAUCAUGGGAGAAGACCCCUCCAGCAGCUACUUCCUGGGGGCCACGCUCAUCAUCAUCUACAGCCUCUGCAAGUCUUUCGACAUCUGCGGCCGAGCGUCCGCCCUCCGCAAGGCCGUCUUGUUGCUGUGCCGCCCUCAGAGUUACGGCGUGCGUGCUGGCAGUCAGCAGUGCAGCGAGGCGGGCGACGUCUGCGCCAUUUGCCAGGCCCACUUCCGAGACCCCGUGGCCCUCCUGUGCCAGCACGUCUUCUGUGACGACUGCCUGUCUUCCUGGUUCGACCGCGAGAGGGCGUGUCCUCUGUGCCGCUCCGCCGUCCCGGAGACUCUGCGGUGCUGGAAGGACGGCGCCACCUCCGCCCACUUCCAGAUCUACUAGUUGCCAUGGUGACCACAGAACCAAACGAUGCAAUUGAUAUUCUUCAUUAGGAGUUUCCCCAUCUGGUAGCCGUAUCGCUCCGAUAUCGGCAAAAAAACGAGCCGAUAAUCCAUCUUCUUCCUCUUAUCCCAAGUCGUGUCGCGGGGGCAGCAGCCUAAGCGUGUAAAUGUCCUCCAAUAACCACACGGUCCUAAUCGCUUACAAACCAUGCUAGAAACUAGCAGCUACACGACAGCUAAGCGCACAAGCUAGAGCUUGUUUUUUUUAAAGACAAAUUAAAAACAUCCCAAAUUGGAACGUCACACAAAAAAAAUACAAUAUGUCGUCUUGUGCGAGCCGCUGAAAAUGCGCACGGCGAAAUUAAAUGCUAACGUGGGCAUGCUAACCGCGAAAAAUGUGUCAAAUACCAAGUCAUAUGACCGUGAAGCAUACGCAUGCAAUAUUAUCCUAAAAAAACUGAUCACGCUCGUGCUAACAUGUUAGCAUUAGCAUUCUAACAGUUACCAAAUUGUAUGACUCUUGGCUGCAAAAUUGGUUAGGAAUGUUAGCAUGCUAACGUGGGCAUGCUAACCGGCAAAAUGGGUCAAGUACCAAGUCAUGUGACCGUGAAGCAUACGCAUGCAAUAUUAGCCAAAAAAAACUGAUCACGCUCGUGCUAACGUGUUAGCGUUAGCAUGCUAACAGUUACCAAAUUGUAUGACUCUUGGCUGCAAAAUUGGUUAGGAAUGUUAGCAUGCUAACAUUGGCAUGCUAACUGGUAAAAUGGGUCAAGUACCAAGUCAUGUGACCGUGAAGCAUACGCAUGCAAUAUUAGCCCAAAAAAACUGAUCACGCUCGUGCUAACAUGUCAGCGUUAGCAUGCUAACAGUUACCAAAUUGUAUGACUCUUGGCUGCAAAAUUGGUUAGGAAUGUUAGCAUGCUAACGUUGGCACGCUAACUGGCAAAAUGUGUCGAGUACCAAGUCAUAUGACCGUGAAGCAUACCCAUGCAAUAUUAGCUAAAAAAAACUGAUCACGCUCGUGCUAACGUGUUAGCGUUAGCAUGCUAACAGUUACCAUGUGUCAGUUACCAAAUUGUAUGACUCCUGGCUGCAAAAUUGGCUAAGAAUGUUAGCAUGCUAACUGGUAAAAUGUGUCAAGUACCAAGUCAUAUGACCUUGAAGCAUACACAUGCAAAAUUUGCACAAAAAAAACUGGUCACAUUUCAGCUAUCACGUUAGCCUUGACAUGCUAACACUUACCAAGUUAUGACUCUUGGCUGCAAAAUCUGUUAAAAAAAAGUUACCAUUGUUCUCCUUUCCCAACUUUUCACGCUACAAAACAAGUAUCAAAUUAUUCUAGUUGCAUAUUAAGUCUCCAAGGUAGACGCGAAAGUGUCCAGUAACAAACGUGUCCGCAUCAUUCCACUUGAGCUCAACUUAAUGAAUUAUUGUGACAAAUUACAAGUUACUAUUAUUUAUAUGUUAUUCAAUGAAUGGU